AUGACAGCAGUUAUUCAAGCCGUGAAAUCGGGCACCUCAGAAGACCUCGCACGGCUGGUGCAUCGAGGCGAGGAGGUGAAUGGGACCGAUGUGAAUGGCUUCACCGCUCUUCAUUCAGCCUGCGAGCGUCGAAAACUCAACGAACUCAGCCUUCUCAUUGAGUACAAUGCAAAUGUUAACCAUCCAACUAAGAUGGAGCAGGCCUGUCCACUCCACCUGGCAGCUAAGGCGGGCUUCGUGGAGGGAGUGAUUCGACUGCUGGAAGGUUAUGCCAACCUCGAGGCUGUGGAUAAGAACGGUCUCACACCUCUUCUUGUCGGCUGCCGUGAAUCCAAAGCAGACGUGGUCAGUGUACUCAUCGAGGCUGGUGCAAAUGUCAAUCACAUCUCCUUCGAGGGCUACACAGCGUUGUAUUACGCCAUCUCCAACGGAAUGGACGCCUCCAUAGAUCUGCUGCUUCGGGCUGGCGCACGGGUCAACGCGGCAGGCAAGGGAGGCAAAACAGCAGCACACUUCGCCGCGGAGAUGGGGCGUAGCAAUGCUCUGCGGCGCAUCGCUCUCGAAGGUGCCGACUUCAACAUUCGCAAUUGGCGCGGCUGCACUCCAUUACACUACGCCGCUUUGCGAGGCAACGUGGAGAGUGCGAUAGUGUUGGUGGAGGGCAGGGCGGAGGUUGACCUUGAGGACUACAACGGCGCCACACCAAUUAUCAACGCCUGUCGAGCCAAUCAAUAUGCCAUGGUCACCUUCCUCCUCGAACAAAAUGCCGAUCCGAAUAGACAGACGAAGCAAGGCGAAACGGCACUUCUGAUGGCAGUGCGGCAGGGCUACCUUAGAUUGGUGCAACUCCUUCUCAUCAACGGUGCAAACCCACGCUUGGCCAACAACAAUGGGACAACGCCACUGCACAUCGCUAGUAAACAGGGCAACGAUGAUAUAUACAAUCUCCUUGUUAGCUUCGGUGCCGAUCGCUACGCUCGAGAUUCGCGCAACCAAACACCUCGAGACUUAAACAUGCUGGCGGGCCAGAAUCGCUACUUCUCUCCCUCGCCACUAUUGAAUCGCUCCCCCACCCCGAGUUGUUUGUCUCCACCACAGCGCAGUUCCUCACCGCGUGGACAGGCGGAAGUUGCAGAGCGGAUGCGCUACUUGCGAUCGCAAUCAACCUCGUCGUUGCGCAAUCAAACCUCCCUAAUCGCAUCUUUACGUGAAACUCGCUCUCGCGCCAUGCAAUCACAACAGACCUGCAACUUUAAUCUCUCUGCUCCACGAGCCAACACUACUAGCCCCUUUAAUGGUCGACCACGAGCUAAGAAGCGUCCAAACGUCCUCGCUAGGUUUAACGUCUCGAGUGAGGGUUCCAGUUCAAAUUCUUCGCCUCCUCUCCUAUCACAGCAACCACCAUCCCAAUCACUGGCACCAAUUUCGUCAUCAUCGCAGGUGAAUGGAAGUCCAGGAGAGGAUAAGCCUAUGACAAAUGACCGGCCACCCAUCGCCCCGAAGUACAUUAAAGAGGUGAAGUCAAAGUCAGGCAUUAUUAUCUGCUAUGAGCCCGGGUCCAUCCGAGAGAGCUACCCUUAUGAGAACCCCGAUGCUCUACUAGCAGUCCAAAAGGGCGAUCUAGAGAAAACCACCGAAGCCCUAAGAUGGGGAGCUGACGUUGAAGCACGUGAUUCUCAUGGCAACACGCUCCUAUUAAUAGCUGCAGAGGCGGGUAAUUUGGAAAUGGUAAAGCUACUUCUCAGAUACCAAGCUGACGUCGAAGUGAAGGAUCCAGAGCUCCUCGACUCUCCUUUACAUCGAGCAGCAAGUGGGGGAUUUCACGAGGUUGUGGAAGAGCUUCUUAGCCACGGUGCUGAUCCCAACGCUCGGAACUACGACAAGGAGACCCCUCUUCACAAAGCGAUUCGCACGGACGGGGAGAAAUGUGUCAAACUUCUUAUUGCCAUGAAAUCCGAUGUGAAUGCUCAGGACGCAUUUGGUAUUACACCUUUGGCCUUGGCAGCAUCCAAGGGUAACCUAUAUGCGCUCCAGUUGCUGCUACACUACGGGGCAGACCCGGGACUAAGGGAUUAUCGGGGAACGAGUCCACUUAAGUGUGCCUUUGAGGCAAAGCGAUACGAUAUAAUAUCAGCGUUAGCCAUAGCCGGAGCCGAUGUGGAAGAGACAUGCUUGCGCGGACGCACAAUGCUACACGAGGCAGCUGAAAUGGGAGAUGCGACGAUGGUGAGGGUGCUGAUCGAGGUGGGUCUGUCGGUGAGUGCCACAGACGAUCGGGGCAAUACACCGCUCCAUUUGGCUUGCAGACAUGGCCAGUAUGACGCGGCUGAACUGCUCCUUGAGGCCUAUGCUCCACUGCACGAGAAAAAUGAGGCAGGAGAAACAGUGCGAGACCUGGCAGAGACCUCAGGAAACGCUGCCCUCACCGUGCUCCUCCAAGCGAUGACCGAGACGGACGAAAGCGAUGCAUAA